AUGUCUCAAGCCGCCGGAACACGUCGCACUCAAGUACCUGUGCUGCCUGCAGGGUUCGUUUACGAUUUGCCUUCCCUCGCAAGACCGCAAAACAGCGCUACGAAUGGCACUCCAUCGCUAGACCAAUCUCCUUCGCAUGAGGUUCACACAACGCCACGUGUUGAGACCACAGCUCCGGGUUCUUCUACUUCUGCGCCUGGCAAUUCCCCCUCCUUACAUUUGCUGAACCUACAGAUUGAAAAGCAACAGCUGGAGCUUCGCCUCCUUGAGCUCGAAGCUCAAUCAAGAGCUCGGGAAUUGGUUUCAUCCAGCCCGGCCGCCAACAAGCCUCGAAACAUUCCUUCUUUGGAGACCGUUCGUGGAGGAGUUAACUCGUAAGUCCCAAGGUCAACUCGACCACAAUACACGCAUCGUUGACCCCCAAGAAUGGCCUCAUCUUCACGUUCCUUCGGUCUGUCAAAGAAGUUUAAGGAUUUAUCGGCGGCAGAAUUGGGUGUAUGGCUAUCUCGAUAUCUUGUCUGCUCAGCCUUCCCUCAGCAAGCGCUCAUGACGCACCACCUCAUGUCUUUAAUGCGUUUGGCGUCCAAAUACGACUGGGAAGCAGUGCUGUCCUUUCAUGCUGCCGUGUUGGAUCGCAUCGAAUCGGGCCUCGCAAGCUGGGGCGGCGAUUUCAGCGAAAUCGGCGCUUCAACAUCACAGAAUCAAUAA